AAUUUAUCUAUGGCCUCGUCUCAGUCUCCAAUAUUUUUAUAAAUAUAAACAAUAACAAAUGUUUUCUGAUUAUGAAGAUCUUACCCCGAAAGUUUUUAAUGAAAAUAUUUAUCUCCUUGAUCCUCCUGCUUGUUUAUUGCGAAUAUUGGAUUUACUAUAUUGUCACAAUCCAGUGUAAUUGGCCAAUACUUGAUCCAAUAAAUGAGGAUACAAAAGUUGAAAAAACUUUGGAAGAUCCACUUAAAAUUAUGGUCAUUGCUGAUCCACAUCUCCUGGGUCCGAGAAAAGGACAUUGGUUUGAUAAAUUACGUAGGGAGUGGCAAAUGCGUAGAGCCUUCCAAACAGCGGUCACUCUACUACAACCUGAAGUAGUUUUCAUAUUAGGAGACAUUUUAGAUGAAGGCUUUUAUUGCAGCUCACAAGAACUGAAGACAUACACCCAUAGGUUUCAAGAAAUAUUUUCACUUCCAGAUCAUAUAAAACUGUAUAUGGUGCCUGGAAACCAUGAUAUAGGAUUUCAUUACGAGAUACAUCCAUAUAGAAUAUAUGAAUUUGCCAAAGCUUUUAAUGUAUCAGGUGUACAAUUCAUUACAGUUAGGGGAAAUCAUUUUGUUCUUGUUAAUAGUAUUGCUUUAGCAGGUGAUGGAUGUUUUUUAUGUAAGAAUGCUGAACUGCAUCUUAACAAAGUGGAAAAAAUGUUAAAAUGUUCCAGAACUACCAAUAAUGGUGAAUGUGAUGAAAACUCUAAACUUGAAGUAUUUAGUAAACCAAUUUUGAUGCAGCAUUUCCCUCUAUAUAGGCAGUCUGACAUGGAAUGUAACGAUUUGGAUUCUGCCCCUAUGCCUGUUAAACAAGAAAAAUUCAAGGAAAACUAUGACUGCCUGAGCCAAGAAGCAACUUAUCACCUUUUAAACCAAAUAAAGCCGCGUCUUUCAUUAUCUGGUCAUACACAUCAUGGUUGCACAAGAAAACUUCCAUUUGAUGGUGGCUUGGAGAUCACCAUUCCCAGUUUUAGCUGGCGCAAUAAAAACAACCCAACAAUAGGAUUGGGUGUAUUCACUCCUAACAAUUACGCCUUCACCAAAUGCCCUAUACCGAAGGAAUCGACAGUUAUUUUGUUGUAUAUUCUGGGUGUAGUUUCUAUUCUUGCAUGGUUCCAGUAUAUGUCGUUUAAAUCAAGAAGAAGGCAGCGUAUCAAAUGUAUGUGACAUCACAAGAGGAUGAUUAAAUUUUUUAUUCUUCUAAUAAACAUAUGCAUGUACUAACAGCUAUAUUAAUACUCUAAAGCAUUGAUCUUAACGAUUGUGAUAUUUUCUCAUAAUGUAAAUUUUAUUAGAAAUAAUAUUUUAUAACAAAUCAAUUUUUUUUAACAAAAGUUAUUCUUAGCUAUAAUAUAAGCUGUGAAAAUUUCAUAUAAGAGUAUGUCCUGAGAGUGAUCUUAUCAAAUAUAAUUUUUACAUUU